UAGUCGAAGGCAAAGUGCUGGCAAGGACGUAGCAAUGUCUCCCAAAAUCGCAUUCGCGGUAUUACUCGUGUUCAGCACAGUGCAGUACCUGGAGGCAAAUGAUCGACAAAGCCGGGAUGUCGGUUCAGAUCUUCUGCACAGUCUCCUCAGUAAGGCGCUUCCACUUAUCGAUAGAUAUUUCGACCCAUUCUCGGGCACCGUUAGAAAUGCAGCCGAAAUUGUCGAAGCUCUGCUGAAGGAUGUGAACAACAGAACUGGCGUUUACCUCCUCAACACCUCCAGCGUCUUCCAGAACUUGAGGAAUCUUAUCGGAAAACUUCAACCGCGCCUUCAGGAUAUCGGAGAAAACAUAGCCAACUGCGUUAUAACCGAGAAGGGAAACGUACUGGACAUUAUACGCGUAGCAGAGAAAGAAGCAGAAGCUUGUGGUCUGGGACUCGUGGAGCAAAUCCAGCCACUAGCCAUCAACAUCUCGCAGACAGUCACCGAAAUACAGAAUGUGGCCGUUCAGUCGUACCCCAGCAUUACCGACUGCGUGACGUCAAACGCAGCCAACCCCAUCGCUCUCCCUGGAUGUUUAACCAGGGUUAUUGGCCCAGUGUUUAAUGUCGUAUCUAAAGUUGCAGCAAAGGUCAAGACCGAGUUCCGUAAAUACGAGCAAGAAAACAGCAAUUUCCAAACACAAUUGCAACAAUGUGGUGCUGACCUACGGGCUACAGUAGAAAGUGUGGGGAACCUUGUGGAGGAAGUUCGGCAAUGUGUAUCCGAAAAGAAACAAAACUUUUCGCCUUAAAAUAUCUUUUGUCGACCAAUUUGGAACAUUCUAGUAGACUUCGCACUCACAGGCGUUCGAAUUUCGUGUCGUUUCAAAAGUACAUGUAUUUCGUAACAGACGACAAUACAAAUAGGUCACUGUCACGUAAUUUUAAAACGCAUGAAAAAAAUACAACGUAAAAUAUAACGGUAUGUUAGGUUGACAUUCCAUCUACACAA